GGUUUUAUGUACUUUUAGGUUAUCUAGCAUAGUUUUUGACAGUUUAUAACUUUCAUCUGUCAAGUGUCAUUCCGUAAUGACAUCGGCGCCAAUGGCGGGAGAAAUGGCAUAUUAUUUAUAAGUGUACUUGUUGAUAAACGUUUAAAAACAAAAUAAAAGCAUAUUUAAUGUUGCAGAUAUUUUAUAGUGUCGUUUAAAAGUGUGUAAACUGAAAUUUUGUGUAGAGUGAAUCAUGUCACGGGAUAUUCGUUCGUUUGUCACGGUAAUUUCCAAAAAAUCUGGUACUGAUUUGUCAAAAAACACCGCACCUGCAGCGAAAAAGAAGCCCAAGCGCCUAAUUGACUCGGAUGAUGAAGACGUUAUAGCAGGAACUCCUGAUUCAAAGCAUCCAAAAGUUCAAGAGAAAAAAAGGAAAACGGUCAUACUUUCAGAUUCUGAGGAUGACAAAUCCGCACAGAAAGCUUCAAAAGGAGGAACAAAAACGAAUGCAUCAAAAACACAAACAAAAGCUUUAAGUUCGGAUUCAGAAAAUGAAAAACCUAAAAAGAGCGCCUCCAAAGAAACUAAGAAAAAUGCAGUAAAAACGAAGAAACGGGAAAUUUUGAGUUCAGAUUCUGAGGAUGAAGCUUUUCGCAAAGCAAGCAAAGAACCUGAAAAGAAAAAGACUGAGGAAGUGAAGUUGAAGCCUGCUAACAUAGCAGACAUAUUUAAAAACACUCCAAUAAAACAAAGCAAAGUUGAACCCCCUAAAACCCCGUCUGUAGAAAAAGUGGUCAAAGAAGAGAAGAAGCCAAAACGUAAAAAAGGAAAAGUUAAAGAAGAAGAGAAGAAAGUUCACAAUGAUGAUGAUUUUUCAAAGACUUUGGAUGAUCUAGAUGAUGACUUUUUUGAAAAUAAUAUAGAUGCUUUGGAGCAGAGUGUGUCUGAAGCCAUACAACAUAAUGAAAAGGAGAAAAAAGAAAACGUUGAAGAGACGCAAAAUGGAGAUGAUAAAAACACAAGGAAGAGAUCAAGGACUGAAUCACCUGAAAAGAAAACACCAAAGAAGAAAAAAAUUGAACAUGUGGAUUCAGGAAUUGAUCCUGGACAGGAGGCCCAUGAAAAGAAACGUUACUCGGCGAUGCUUUAUCAGAAAUAUCUGAACAGAAGUGGUCCACGGCACCAUGGAUUGAAGGAACUGCCCAAAGGAAAGCCAGAUUGUCUCAAGAACCUAUGCUUUCUAAGAACUGGUGUUUUGGACUCGCUUGAAUCUGAAGAAUUUGACACACUAAUUAAGGAUCAUGGUGGCCGUACUGUGCAGGCAGUUUCGAAAAAGGUUAAUUAUGUGGUAGUAGGAGAAGAUCCAGGUCCAGCCAAACUUGCAAAAGCUGAGAGUUAUAAAAUACCAACUAUUUCUGAAGAUGAAUUGUUGGACAUGAUUUUAACAAAAUCAGGAAUGGAGGCAAAAUAUUGCAAGAAAAAUAAUUCUGGCUCUGAUGAAGGCCUAGGGUUAGAAACAGAUCAAGAAUCAAGCUCAGAGAAACAAAAUGAAGAUACACAUAAACUAGAAGAAACUAAAACAAAUGAGAAGACUAAAGAAACAAAACAGAUAGAAAAGGAUAAAACAAAAGAACCGUUAAAAGAAAAAACCAAAAAAAGUCCUCCAGUAGAGAAAGAAAAAACAAAAGAACCGCUAAAAAUUAAAGAACCUAAAAAAUCUUCUGAUGAAGAAACAAGUACUAAGAAAGUCAGUUCUUUUUAUGGUAGUGCAAGCACUAGUACAAGUACUGCUACUGCUAAGCCAGAAACCAAUGAGAAGUUAUCACCAGUUGAAAAAGACCCUUCACUGUUACCCUUAACUGAGAAAUAUAAGCCUCAAAAUUUGAAGGCAGUGAUAGGGCAACAAGGCGACAAAAGCAAUUUGCACAAGUUAAAGCAAUGGUUGGAGAACUGGCACAAGAACCAAAGUCCUCAGGUAAAAAAAUCUUUGGUGCGUCCAUCUCCUUGGGCUAAGUGUGAUGAUGGUGCUUACUUUAAAUGUGCGUUGUUAAGUGGUCCACCAGGUGUUGGUAAAACGACGUCAGCGACACUGGUGGCGAAAGAAUUGGGGCUGGAUAUUGUUGAAUUUAAUGCGUCUGAUACCAGGAGUAAAAGAUCGCUUAAAGAAGAGGUGGCGCAGUUGUUGCACAACAAGACGAUUGCGGGAUUUGCUACAGGUCAAACAAAACUGACAAACAACCGCGUUUUGCUCAUGGACGAAGUAGACGGAAUGGCAGGCAACGAAGACAGAGGUGGAAUGCAGGAGCUAAUUCAGCUAAUCAAAAAUUCAAGCGUACCCAUCAUUUGCAUGUGCAACGACAGAAACCACCAAAAAAUCAGAUCUCUUGUCAACUACUGUUUCGAUUUAAGAUUCACAAAACCACGACUUGAGCAGAUUCGGGGAGCUAUGAUGUCCAUUUGUUUCAAGGAAAAAAUCGACAUCUCACCUCAAGCGCUUUCGGAAAUAAUAGCAGGGACGGGCUGUGAUGUUAGACAAACGCUGAAUCAUUUAUCAGUAUUAGGUUCAACUAAAGAAAAAAUUACGUCGGAAAUCGCGGAAAAAGAAGCGAAAAGUUCCAAAAAGGAUACUAUUAUGGGUCCUUGGGAAGUAUGCAGGACUGUCUUUACCAAGAGUGAACAUAAAGAUAUGAGUGUUGCUGAUAAAGGGAGACUAUUUUUCUAUGAUUAUAGUUUAGGGCCACUGUUUGUUCAUGAGAAUUACCUUAAAGUGCAGCCAGAUAAAGCAGAUAAAAAACAAACUUUAUUAAAGGCAGCUCUUGCUGCUCAUUCUUUAAGCACAGGUGAUAUUGUUGACGCAAAAAUGAGGAAAAGCAAUAAUUGGGCGUUGCUUGAAUCUCAGUCUUUCUUUGCUUCAGUGAUUCCAGGGCACCACAUGUCUGGGACUUUUACAAGUCAAAUUAAUUUCCCUUCAUGGCUUGGUAAAAACUCCAAAAAAGGCAAAUUCAGCAGAAUGUUGAACGAAGUACAAAUGCAUUUGCGCACUAGCGCAUCUGCUAGCAAAAUGGCUGUUAAACUAGAUUAUUUGGUGCCAUUACGAGAUGCCAUUUUAUCACCACUUCAAAAGAAAGGAAUGGACGGCAUAAACGAAGCAGUUUCUGUAAUGAAGGAAUACAACCUGCUUAGGGAUGACGUAGAUAAUUUGGUUGAAUUGUAUUCGUGGUUGAGUAAAGAGAAUCCAAUGAAUAAAAUUGAAUCAAAGGUUAAAAGUGCUUUUACUAGAGCGUACAACAAACAAGUAACCUUAUUACCUUAUGCACCUAUGUCAGCAGUAGCAAAGAAAAAAGCGGCAGCUGUAGACGCUGAUCUUUUGGGAGAAGAGGAAGAAGUUGUUUCUGACAACGAGAAUGAAGAUGAUAUUACCAACAACGCAAUGAUUAAGGUUAAAAAGCCAACUGCAAAAGGUAAAAAGACCGAUGAGGAACCCAGUACGAGUAAAAAGACUAAGGCAAAGAAAGGAGGAGGAAAGAAAAAAUAAUCUCAUCGACCAUCAACGUCAAAAUAAUUUCUACACGUUUAUUUUUUUAGCACUUAUUUAAGUCGUCUUACUUUCCCAUUUUAUAUUUUAUGUAACCCGAUAGCAGCUAUUGGCUGAAUUUUCUCAAAUAUAUUGUUAUUAAACUGGUUUAAUAUAAGACUUUAGAUUU